UCUAUUGUCAAAACUGUCAAACUUACAGCCAUGUGGUAAUAAGGUUCAGUGAAUAAUACAAAGUUUUAGCCUAAUCAUUGUAUUAAAUGGUGUACAGUGACCAUGGAUUACGUUGUAGGCAAUGUAGCUGCCUUAAUAGCUGGUAAUGUUACACCAAACCGACCUAAACUCUCCAAAAGAGCUUUAACUCCGAUAAAGCAUAUGCCUUCACCGAACGUAACACCUAAAAGCGAGUUAGUCGACGAUAGAUCCAUAUUCCUGUCGCCCUCGGUACAGAAAAAGAAGGCUAUAGUCAAGAAGAGUCCUAAGAGAAUAUUCCAGAACCCAGAUUUGGAUGCGACCAACGAAAAUGAAGGUAAUACAAGUACUAGUAGCCCUAAGGCGGAUAAAGUAAAGAAACACCUAAAAGGUGAGCUAGAAGCUACUGUUAGCCCUAAAAAUAAUUCUAAAGUAGCUAAAACAUCUGAAGGUAAACAACAGGAAUCACCAUCCCCUAAGAAAAAGGCUGUAAACGGUGAUGUGAAUAAUUUGGUUGGAGAUUAUGUUAGUCCUAAUCAAUCAACGCUCAAAAAGAACAAAAAGAAACGCAACUCUAUUGCAGAAAAUAGUCAAAGUGUCACUGAAAGCAUAGAAUCAAAUCCAUCUGAAGGAACACCUAAGAAAAAUAAAAAGAAAAGAAAUUCCAUUUCUGAGGUUAGUCAAAAUGUCAUAGAGUCACCAAAAAAGAGUAAAAACCAAAAUAAAGAAAAUGUAAAUAAUACUGAAGCCACAAAUGAAGAUAAAGAAAGUGUUAAAACUCCAAAAAAGAAGAAGAAGAAUAAGAAUAAACCACAAAGCACAGAACCAGAAGAAAGUGAAAUUGCUGUAAAUGUUGUAAACAGUGAACACAAUGGAACUGAAGCAGCCAGCCCCAAAAAGAAGAAUAAAAAACGGAAGCAACAACAUACUCCUGAAAAUUCAAAAGAAAACAAAGACAGUAAACCUACAAAGCAUAAAAAGGUAAAAGUGAACCCAAAUGCUAUAACAGACAAAGAUUCAGAUUCAGAACAUGAAUCAGAUAAUGAAAUUGAAUCAGAAACCGAGGAAAAUAAUAAAGAAGCUCUUGAAAAGUCAGCAGAACCGGAAGAACCAAGUUCUGAUGAAGAAGAUACUCAUUCACCAAAGAAAAAAGAAAAAGUGGAAAGUCAAGAGACAGAAAAAGUAAGAGAGAUAAACACUGAGGAAGAAAUCAAGAGGACAUUGUUUGUAGGCAAUGUGCCGUUUAGUAAGAAGUGCAAAAAGGAGAUUAAGUCGAUUUUCAAGAAAUAUGGACAGAUUGAAAGUGUUAGGAUCCGCACAAUUCCAGUGAAAGACCCCAGUGUAACCCCAAAACUGGCGGUGAUCAAGCAGGAGCUCCACCCCGAGAGGAGCACUGUUAAUGUCUAUGUCAAGUUCUCUGACCCACAGUGUGUUGAACAAGCUUUAGCAGAAAACAACACAGUCCUAAACAACAACCACCUGCGCGUGACCCGCAGCAGCAGCACGGGCGCCAAGCACGACCCGCGGCACUCCGUGUUCGUGGGGAACAUUCCCUUCGCUCUGGAGGACGAAGGGCUGAGGGAGAAGUUUGACAAGUGCGGGGAGAUACAGUCCGUUAGGAUAGUGCGGGAUAGGAAGACUAAUGCUGGGAAAGGUUUCGGCUACGUCAACUUCAGUUCCCGAGACGGUGUGGAACUAGCCCUAGCUUUGACAGAUGAAGAUUUAACAAUAAAGAAUAGGAUCAUGAGAGUCAAGAGAUGUACGCAAGUCACACAGCGACAGGCACAAAAGGGGAAUAACAGGCCAGGCUUCCAAGGAAAGAAAAUCAGUCAAGGCGACAGGCAAAGAAACCAAGCAGCAGGCAAAUUCAACCAAGGUCGGAACCCAGGGAAAUUCCAGGGAAACCGGGGUGGGAAUUUCCAGGGGAAUGGAGGGAAUUUCCAGGGGAAUAGAGGGAAUUUCCAGGGGAAUAGAGGGAAUUUCCAAGGGAAUAGAGGGAAUUUCCAAAAUAGAGGUGGGAAUUUCCAGAACAAGGGGGGAAACUUCCAAGGAAGGAGUGGAAAUAGUUUCGGAAGACAGAAUGAUGAAAAGGAAGAUGGAGCUCAGAGAAGGUUGCUGAAUAAGAGAAAGAGCCAGGAGGGCACUGACGACCAGCCAAGGGAGAAAAAACCCAGGAAGGAGUUCGUGGGCAUGACGGCUGAGAAGAAGAAGAAACGCAAGUUUGACAAGGGCCAGAAGAAGAAAAAGGCUCUAAGCGAGAUUUUAACAAAAUAAUUUUAAAUUGUGUCAUAUGUCAUAUGAUUCAAUUAUGCUUAAUAGGUAUUUUGUGUCAAUAAAAUUGUCCCAUUUUA